UCUCCCCCUUUUCACACUCCAUUCUCUGUUUUGGUGAUUUUGUCUCACCCUUUGGUAUUGUAAGUAGGUGUCAACACAUACUUUCCUUUCAACUUCUCAAGCUUACAAGCUACCGCAAUGGUUGAGGUGAUGCUCACUCUUGUUAGAGUUGGGGUUAAAUUUUCUUUGGCAAUUUCAAAGAUUUGUGGAUAUUCUUGAAUUGAAUAAACAAAUUUGAAACCUAACUGAUUGAAGAACACUUAAUGCCGUGAAAUAGACUUCACACUAUUAUUAGUCUCAAGUCUAAGUCAAGUCUCAUUUCUACGCCUUAAAUGUUACGCCCAAAUUCUUUUAAACUUCUCUCUAUCUUCUUCAUCUUUCUCUGCCUUCGUUAAGGACUUCUGUUUCCCGCCAUGGAGAAGCUUCGCCAUAGCUCCUUGAUCUUCUUGAUUCUAUCUCUCUUAUUUCAAUCUUUCUUCUACGCAAAUUCAGAAUCGUUCAUUGGUAUAAACUACGGUUUAGUUGCAGAUAAUCUCCCACCACCAUCUGAAACAGCGAAGCUGUUAAAAUCAACAUCAAUCGGCAAAGUCAGAUUAUACGGAGCAGAUCCGGCGAUAAUAACAUCCCUAGCUAAUUCCGAUAUAGGAAUCGUUAUUGGUACAUCGAACGCUGACAUACCCGCUUUAGCAACUGAUCCAAACUUCGCCAAACAAUGGAUUACUACAAAUGUGAAACCGUAUUAUCCAGCAAGUAAUAUAAUCUUGAUUACAGUUGGUAAUGAAGUUUUCAAAUCAGGCGAUCAAAAUUGGAUAUCACAGCUUGUUCCUGCGAUGCAUAAUGUACAAGAAGCCUUGAGUUCUGAAUCUUUAGGUGGUAAGAUUAAGGUUUCAACUGUUCAUGCUAUGUCUGUGUUGGCAAAUUCUGAACCUCCUUCUGCUGGAAGUUUUGAUCCUGCUUUUGGAGACACAAUGAAAGGAUUAUUAGGGUUUUUGAAAGAUACUGGUUCUCCUUUCAUGGUUAAUCCUUAUCCAUUCUUCGCUUAUCAGAGUGAUCCAAGACCUGAAACUUUGGCGUUUUGUCUGUUUCAACCUAACUCGGGACGACCCGACUCGGGUACUCAAAUCACCUACAUGAAUAUGUUCGACGCUCAGAAGUAUUUUGGUGCAGGUUGAUGCAGUACGAUCAGCGUUGAAUGCAAUGGACUCCAAGGAUGUGGAGAUUGUUGUGGCAGAAACAGGAUAAGCAUACAAGGGAGAUACUGAUGAAGUUAGAGCAAGUAUAGAAAAUGCAAAAGCUUAUAAUGCUAAUUUGAUUGCACACCUUAGAUCAAUGGUUGGGACUCCACUGAUGCCUGGUAAAUCGGUCGAUACAUAUCUUUUUGCGUUGUUCGAUGAGAAUUUGAAACCAGGGAAAGGCUCAGAGAGAGCGUUUGGGCUUUUCAAUCCUGAUUUAACUAUGACAUAUGAUGUUGGUCUUACAAUGAGCAGCCAGAGUCCAAAAACUCCGCCAACUCCACCACCAGCUCCGCCAACUCGAACUCCUGUAUUGGCUCCGGGUACACCAUAUCCAACAACAUUCCCAGGAGGUGGAUGUGGACCCCAGGAUAGCGUUUCUCUUGCUGAUGGUGGCUGCAAAGGUAGCAACUGCAGUCCACCAGGUAGCGCUUGUGUUGAACCAAAAACAUCACAUGGACAACAUAUGAAUGACUACACUUUUCCAUGUAUCAUAUCAUCCCUCCUCUCUUUUUUGCUUUAUUUCUCUUCCUUGCAUUUGUAAAUUCUUCACAUCUCUCUGUUCAAUUCAUCCUGCAAUGCAUGAGCCAUCCAGUUAAAAGCUUCGGAAACAAAACAUGAGAAGCUGAGAUUUUCUUCUCUCUCAAGUAUGAAGAACAAUGAAGUUUCCAGCUUGGGUUUUCAUCCAUUAAUGUCAAAGCAUAAAUGUUCUUUCAUCUCUUCAGUUGGUUGCUUUUUUUCCCCCCAGUCAUACUCGUGUAUGUUCUGUAUAGUUUUUCUUUGAAUACUAUGUAACCGAGUGCUUCUGUAAUUGUACAUUUUGUCUUAAAUUUGAAGUUUAUGGAUAUUUUGUUA